AUGGCAAAGAAGAAAAAAGGAGCAAGCUCUAAAAUUUCGGCCACAUCAUCAGUGAAUGUACCAGAAAAUCCAACUCGCGAAAAUGUUUCUAUACUAGCCGAGACACUUGGGAACAUCGAUUUACACUAUGAGGCAGCACCACCGUCUCCAACUGAGAUGGCGGAGAGCGUUAUUUUUUCACCAAGGUCUCCGGUUCAUGCAUUACUCUGUCCGGUGGAGGACGAAAAGUCCAUCGACUGCUCAACAAGCAAGCCAUUUAUUCCAGCUUGUUAUAAAUGGAACGGUGUUCCAACUAAUGGCAGUCAGACUCGCCUGAUGAAGCUUCUGGCGGGCAAGAAAAGAGAAAUUAUGACUGCCAACAAACGAAUCUUAACCACGCGUGAACUCAUCAGUGCCAGUGAAGCCGCCAUAUCUAAUCUAGAGAAUACAAUUGAGCGUGCAUAUCACGUUACAAUUACUAUGCAGAUUUGCCUUCGGUCGCUAGAGACAGUAUGCGACAAUAUAAAAUCCCUUGACACUGGGAGUACGAGUAUCGACUCGACAAAAGAAUCCAAUUCCUUUAAAACAUGUCACACGGUUAUCUCAUAUAUAGGAUUGCCAAGUCAACUGGAUGAGCUCAAGUCUCUCCCUGACCAGACGACACAGUUACUCGAAAGGAUCGAAAAUUUGGAAAGAAUGACGCUACAGAUGAAGAAGGAGCCUCUAGAUUGGCGCAUGGAGCUGGAAUUUCACCAAUAUGACCUCAAACAGCUCGAGAUUCACCACAAGUCCUUGGGCGAGGUUAUAAAUGGAAUCAAAAGCAUUCUUUCGGCCAUGCGACGGAUUCCAACAGAGAUCUGGGUCAAAGUCUUUGACUACUGGGUGAGGGAGCGUGACCUGGAGGCUGCUCAUCACAGCCUUCCUUCUCCACUCCUCUUGGGCCAGGUGUGUAGCUCAUGGCGCCAAAUUGUCCUUGGAACACCCGCUCUAUGGGUAAGGUUUGAUAUAUACAAACCUACGCUGUGGCCACAAUCAGUAUUGGACAAUUUGGAGAGGGCGAAGCAAGCAGCUGCAAGUAAUGACCUUCAUUACACAUUUUUCGGCCAUUUUAAUCCGGCAUGGGGUCAUCAAGUACAACAGUUCCACAAUCCAUACGCUCACGCAUUCAGUACUCCCGGGCAUUUUCCAGGGUUUAGUACGCCUACGAAUGGAAGGAUUGGUACGCCUACGAAAGAAGUCUUUGCACCGGUACCUUCGAGCAUCUUAACAGGCUUCUUAUCCACACAUCUUCAUGUCGGCAUUUCCUUCGACUUUCACAUCUAUACUCCCCCGGUCAAUGCGAUUAAGACACUCACUCUGACUGGCGCAUCUACCGGAUGGGGAAGCAACCUCAAGAGGUUCCUGGAGAGUUGUAGCUCAGUAGAAGAACUCAUUUUGGAAAACAUUUGGCUCACUGGCUCCAAUUCGCUAUCAAUGCCAAAUUUGAAGCGCCUAUGUUUCCGAAUCGAUCGCUUUGAGCCUUUCGAUAUCUCGGUCUUCCUCCACUCUCAAAUCAGAGACCUGGAUAUUCGCCAUAAUGGUUCUGACACUGUGGAAUUAGGAUCCAGUGCCGCGCCUUGUCUCACACACCUUCGGCACCUUGCGAUCACUCCGCAUGAAUAUCCGCUCCUCACUCAUAUCAUGACGCCAAACCUGAAGAGUAUAACACUUUACCCAGCAAAUCAGCGCACAGCAGUCGUCAUAUCUUCACCGGGACUGCAAAGCGUCAAUGAAGACUUGAAUUCCACCCUUGUGGGAUCUUUCAUUACUUCACUUCUACCCAAACUUCAGAAAGUAGGGGAGAUAAAGUUCAUUGAGUGGACAAUCCAAUCAACCAUAGACUGUGUCUAUGUCUUGGAGAAAAUCCUUAGUGUGUCGUCGUUGCUCCAGCAUGUCCGCUUUGAGCAAUGCCAUCUCAACGGGCCUGCACUCAUUUGUCUUAUUGCGAAGGCCAACAGUGGAAAGAUCGACACAGAGGAGCUGCUCGCCACCACUGUACCCAAACUCGACGAUACCAAUUCUUUCUCGCUCUCCGCAACCUGUAGGCUCAAGUCGUUGGCAGAGCUCACACUCUCCUCCUGUACUGGUUUGACGCGGGGCCAGUGUGAUGUCCUGGCAUCGACAGUUGGCAAGUUGAACAUCUAUGUUUAG